CUGCCUGCCUGCCAGGCUGUUGUUCAGAACCGCCGGCAGCAGCCGAGGCGCGCGGUGGUGGUCGCUGCCUUCUCCUCCUCCUCCUCUCCCGCCAUGGUGGACAGUAUCUACCGGACCCGCUCGCUGGGCGUGGCGGCCGAGGGGCUGCCGGACCAGUACGCCGACGGCCGGGCGGCUCGCGUCUGGCAGCUCUACAUCGGCGACACGCGGAGCCGCACGGCCGAGUACAAGAACUGGCUGGUGUCGCUGCUGCGGGGCCAGCGCUGCAAGACGGUGCUCGACGUGGCCUGCGGCACCGGUGUGGAUUCCAUCAUGCUGGUUGAGGAAGGAUUUAAAGUCACCAGCGUGGACGCCAGUGACAAGAUGCUCAAGUAUGCUUUGAAGGAACGAUGGAACCGCCGAAAAGAAGCACCUUUUGAUGACUGGGUCAUUGAGGAGGCAAACUGGCUCACUCUGCCACAAGACCUGCAGAAGCCGGGUGAGGGCUUUGAUGCUGUCAUCUGCUUGGGAAACUCUUUUGCACAUCUCCCAGAUUUUAAAGGUGACCAGGCUGUUCACAAACAGGCCCUUAAGAACAUAGCCAGCAUGGUACGUCCAGGUGGCAUUUUUGUCAUUGACCACCGUAACUAUGACUACAUUUUGGAAACGGGCUGUGCUCCUCCUGGGAAGAACAUCUACUACAAGAGUGACUUAACCAAGGACAUCACUACAUCAGUACUCCUUGUGAACAACAAACCAAAUAUGGUGACAUUGGACUACACACUGCAGGUCCCACCUGAAGGAAAUGAUGGAAGUCCAGAACUAAGUCAAUUCCGCCUCUCUUACUAUCCUCACCUCCUGGAGCCUUUCACAGAACUGCUGAAAAAAUCUAUACAAGGCCCAUGCGAACACACCGUCCUAGGUGACUUCAAGCCUUACAAACCAGGCCAGCAAUACAUCCCCUGUUAUUUCAUCCAUGUGGUGAAGAAAACCGGCUGAGAAUCAUGCUGUAAGGCUACUCCAGCAGGCCUACAGUUUCUCUUCUGCUGCUGGAAUGCCAGUGAGGCGGAAACCGUGAAUGUGCAUAGGAGCUGUGUAAACCAAAAAAAAAAAAAAAAAAAAAGGAGAACUGGAAAGCGUUCCUUCCCUCAUCAUCCUCUUUCUCCCAAAGGGUCCAAUCUAGAUGUAAUCUGCUUCAGGGAUUGGAGGACCUUUUGCUCAAAUCACUGACCUGAGGGAAGGUGAUAGGGAUGGUUUGCUCUGCAUCUGAAUUGCAUGCAAAGUUGCAUUGCUUGUAUACUUUGCUGUUUCUUGGUCCUUUUCUUCUGUCUCUAUUGCUGAAAUCGCUUGGAGAAUUUGCCUCAAUAUACAAGAGAAUUUACUCAUGA